CGCACGUGUCCUGCGGCGCCCCGAGCUGUGUUUACAUCUGAGCAGCUCCACGUUGUGCAGCAGCCGUUGCCUGCCAUUGGUCGGCUCGUCAGCCAGCGCGGCGCCCCGCCUCCAGGGGGCGUGUCCGACCGGCCCGGCGUUCCCUCCGGAAAACCCAGCUUCCCUGAGGCCUUGGCGGGAGCGCCGGGGCGCGCCUCAGGACUGCGCCGUCUCUCGCUCCGCAUGGAACGCUCGCCUCAGCCGCCUCCCCGCUUCGCCUCAGGCCGUGGGAGCCGCGGCCUGACAGACCCAGAUGAACCGGCUGAAGGCGGGGGCGCCUGGCUCUCAGGAGGCGCCUCUGCGCCGUGCCGCCGCCCGACCGUGCGGGCGCGGUGAAGCGGGGAGCGGGGCGCCCGCCGAGGCGUUCCCGGAGUUUUCAUACACCUGGAAGAAGAGAAUGUCAAGACGCAGUAGCCGUUUACAAGCUAAGCAGCAGCCCCAGCCCAGUCAGACGGAUUCCCCACCAGAAGCCCAGAUAAUCCAAGCCAAGAGGAGAAAAACAGCCCAGGAUGUCAGAAAAAGAAAAGAGGAAAAGGUCACCAAGAAGCAUCAGUAUGAGAUUAGGAACUGCUGGCCACCUGUAUUGUCUGGGGGAGUCAGUCCUUGCGUUAUUAUUGAGACACCUCACAAAGAAAUGGGAACAAGUGAUUUCUCUAGAUUUACAAAUUACAGAUUCACAAACCUUUUUAUUAAUCCUUCACCUUUGCCUGACUUAAGCUGGGGAUGUUCAAAAGAGGUUUGGCUAAACAUGUUAAAAAAGGAAAACAGAUAUGUUCAUGACAAGCAUUUUGAAAUGCUGCAUUCUGACUUGGAACCACAAAUGAGGUCAAUACUUCUAGACUGGCUUUUAGAGGUAUGUGAAGUAUAUACACUUCACAGAGAAACGUUUUAUCUUGCACAAGACUUUUUUGAUAGAUUUAUGUUGACACAAAAGGAUAUAAAUAAAAAUAUGCUUCAGCUCAUUGGAAUUACCUCAUUAUUCAUUGCUUCCAAACUUGAGGAAAUCUAUGCCCCUAAACUCCAAGAGUUUGCUUAUGUCACUGAUGGUGCUUGCAGUGAAGAAGAUAUCUUAAGGAUGGAACUUGUUAUACUAAAGGCUUUAAACUGGGAACUAUGUCCUGUAACAGUCAUCUCAUGGCUGAACCUCUUUCUUCAAGUUGAUGCUCUUAAAGAUGCUCCUAAAGUUCUUCUACCUCAAUAUUCUCAGGAAACAUUCAUUCAAAUAGCUCAGCUUUUAGAUUUGUGUGUUUUGGCCGUGGAUUCCUUAGAAUUCCAGUACAGGAUCCUGGCUGCUGCUGCCCUGUGCCAUUUUACCUCCAUCCAGGUGGUUAAGAAAGCUUCAGGUUUGGAAUGGGACAACAUUUCAGCAUGCGUAGACUGGAUGGUGCCGUUUGUCAGUGUAGUGAAAAGUACUUCUCCAGUGAAGCUGAAGACUUUUAAGAAGAUUCCUGCGGAAGACAGACAUAAUAUCCAAACACAUACAAAUUAUUUGGCUCUGCUGGAUGAAGUAAAUUAUGUAAACUCCUUCAGAAAAGGGGGCCAGCUGUCACCAGUGUGCAGUGGAGGCAUUAUGACACCUCCGAAGAGCACUGAAAAACCACCAGGAAAACACUGAAGAAGCUGACUUCAACCUGCUUGAACUGACCCAAGUUUUGGGUAGAAUUUCAUACAACUGAACUAUCACUGUCCUAGCCAAUUCAAAAGUUACACUGCCAUUCUUUGAUAACAUUUAAAAUUGGCACUGAAGAAAUUUAAUUCCUAUGCUAGCUGUUAAAGAAACAGCAGAAUUUGUUUACAAAGCUGACUUCAUUCCCAAGAUU